AUGGCCGCCGUCCCCACUUCCUCCCACUGUACUAAUGAACCAGAUUAUCAGGAUACGAUCGCUGCCCUCUUCCUCCACUCGGAGUCUGCAGGAGAGAUCGGGAUCGGUGCCGCGGUACCGAGCUGUUGGUGGAGAGGCGUCGACCUCCGGCAGCGAUCUGACGACAGAAACUACAAACCGCUUCGUCCCAAAGACACGGCAACGCAAACACCGAGAAGCAGCUCCGCCGACCUUCAUCCACCGACUCGCCGUCAACACGCAGCCACAGAAACACAACCAGACGCCUGCAGCAGGUCGUCUUCCUCACCCAGACGCCUGCAGCAGCAGGUCGUCUUCCUCACCCAGACGCCUGCAGCAGCAGGUCGUCUUCCUCACCCAGACGCCUGCAGCAGGGCGUCUUCCUCACCCAGACGCCUGCAGCAGGGCGUCUUCCUCACCCAGACGCCUGCAGCAGGUCGUCUUCCUCACCCAGACGCCUGCAGCAGCAGGUCGUCUUCCUCACCCAGACGCCUGCAGCAGCAGGUCGUCUUCCUCACCCAGACGCCUGCAGCAGCAGGUCGUCUUCCUCACCCAGACGCCUGCAGCAGGUCGUCUUCCUCACCCAGACGCCUGCAGCAGGUCGUCUUCCUCACCCAGACGCCUGCAGCAGGGCGUCUUCCUCACCCAGACGCCUGCAGCAGCAGGUCGUCUUCCUCACCCAGACGCCUGCAGCAGGUCGUCUUCCUCACCCAGACGCCUGCAGCAGCAGGUCGUCUUCCUCACCCAGACGCCUGCAGCAGGUCGUCUUCCUCACCCAGACGCCUGCAGCAGGUCGUCUUCCUCACCCAGACGCCACGUUGAGGAUUAUUAUGAUUUAAUUAAAAGGUGCUCCA